AUGGAUUUGCCACGGGAAGGAUGGAUUUUCCUGUUCUCUCUGUCGGCCCUUGGAGUCCUUUACACCAUGAACAACGUUCCGGCUUUCCAAGAGCCUUUUGUCAUACUGGAAAUUGGAGUAGCUGUUUUGGUGGCUGUAUUCCUUCUGGUUUUCCUUGCAGUCCGUCACAGACCACCCAAAGAUCCACUGUUUUAUGUAUUUGCAGAGUUUUCCUUUACCUGUAUCAUUGACCUGACUAGUGCUUUGGAGUAUGAUGGUUUUGCCUCUGGAUUUAUGGAAUUCUACCGAACAACGGGUGAGCCGUAUCUGGGCACCGCCUAUGCCAUCAUGAUGUGCUACUGGGAUGGAAUUGUGCAUUUUCUCCUGUACCUCAUCAUGGUGCGGAGAAUGGCAAACAAGAAGCCGUACCGCAGUAUGGGCAUCUUCUGGGCGGGCUCCCUGUUUGCCAACAUGAUCGUCUUCGUGCCAGGAAUUGUCCUCGGUAAAUAUGGCUCAGAAAUCCGUCCUGCCUUCUGGCUCAACAUGCCCUUCCUGUUUGUGCCCAUUGGGGGGGCCAUUGCCCUGUUUCGCAGACAGAGGGAACUGCCAUCCAUUUCUACAGCCAAGAUUGAGCGUGAUCAGAGAAAAAGUCUGUUCUCCCGCCCUUUGGACAUGCUUCUGAUAAUUUUGCUGCUGGGUGCCAUUGGUGUCACCCUCUUCAGGGGCUUUGUGGCUCUUAAUUGUCCUCUGGACGUCUGCUUUACCUACAUUAACAAGUAUGAGCCCUAUCUGAAGGAUCCAGUGGCCUAUCCUCGGGUUAUGAUGCUACUCUUCCUGUUCUAUGCAACACCCCUGCUGGCUGUGUUUACGUAUGGGCUACGGACACCUGGCUGUACCUGGAUGCUAGACUGGACUGUGUUCUUUGCUGGAGCUGCAGCUCAGUGCCAGUGGUCCCACAUUGGGGCAUCUCUGCACCCACGCACCGCGUUCAUGUACCGGAUCCCGAAGGAGGCGUGGUGGCCCGUCAUCGCGCUCAACCUGCUGUAUGCGGGGAUUCCCCAGAUACUGGCCCUGCGCUGCACCCGCAGCCCCUCCUUCUUUAUGAAGCCUGUACCCGAGGGGCAGGGCAAUCACGAGAAGAAAUACACCUGA